UCAAUAGGCCUAUUUUUUGGGGGGGGAGGAGGUGAAUUCAUGGCGUUAAAGUGCACUUAAUCCAAGGAAUUGGAGGUAUCUUUCCCUCUUCCUCACAUCAAAGCUAAUUACCUCACAUUCCUCAGGCGCAGUGUGACCCCUACGGGUUCAGCGCUUCCCCGUGAGUGAAAUAAUUAGUAGGCCUACUGGCUCAUGAUAGGCUGAUCCUACAUAUGUCUAACCAUUGAAACAUACAUCUAACAACCAUUUUUUUUCAAGCUGCCUAAAUGACUUCAGUGACAUUUGUCAGUUCAUUCACCUCUACUACAUUUUUUUUUUUUUAAACCAGUUUUGUUAGUUGGAAUUUAACCCUAAUGUUAAUAAGUCACAAAUGAUUAGCAGGUAAAUAGGGAAGGUUAUUUAGGCACAGGUACACAUAAGUACAAUUAUCAUAGUAUAAAUGUUUUAGGAUAACCUAAAAAAAAAAAAAAGUCAGUGAUUUAUUUCUAUUGGAGUCCUAGGUAAUUUACACAUAUGUUACUAUGUAUGAAAAUUGUACUGAUGUGUACCUGUACCUAAAUAACCUUCCCUAUUUACCUGCUUAUCAUUUGUGUUACUGCAUUGACCUCAAUGGAAAUAAGUUAUGACCCCCAAUGGAAAUAAGUCACUUCGACUUUUUUGGGGUUUAUCCUGGGUGAUUUACACUAUGUAUGAUAACUGUACUUAAGUGUACCUGUGACUAAAUAAACUUGCUUUCCCUUAUCAUGAUGGUGUUGGCUAAUAAUAAUAAUAAUAAUAAUAAAUUUAUUUCUCUUCUGAAGUAUUACAAGUAAUUUAGUUUACAUGUAUUAAAAUGUUGUUAGGCACAAAUGACAGUUCUUAGCAUAAGGUGCAUGUCUGGUAGACUAGUGACUUGUAAGCAGAGGUACAUAACUAAUGAUUUCCAAAUAAGUCUUCGCUUCAUAAUGGUUUAGAAACUAGCGUUAGCUAAAUGUUUAUUGGAUAGGCUGUUAGUUAAUUUUUUUUUUCUAAAAAAAAAAACUAUGCAUCCUCUUACUUUCUCAUUAUUGUAUAUUUAGUAUAUGCAGUGAUCUGAAAUAAUCUAAAUCUGAAUGUGCAACUGGGUAUGCUUCCUAAUUGUUUGCAGGCAAGUGAAUUUUCAUAAUGGUUUGCAAACUAGGUUGUUAGUUCAUGGUUUGUAAGUUGGGCAAAGUUGUCUAAUAGUUUGCAAAUUAGAGGGAUAAAUGAAGUGUGAAUGUUUACAAUAACAGAUGAUAUUACUGUCAGUCAAAUAGUUUUUAGCAAUAUUGUACAAAUAUAUUUCUCUCCUUUCUCUUACUCUCUGUUUUUUUCUCUUUCUCAUAUUCUCUCUCUUAUGUAUCCUGUUUCUCCUGUCUCUCAGCUCUUUUUCAUUACCUAUUUAAGUCAUUCAUAAAAUUUGUGCCAAUGUGUUGAAGUUUAAUCUUGCAUCUUGGGCUUGGACUGAGCAUAUUACACUUUUUUACCACAAACAUACUGUGUACAUUUUAUAUUGUUUUUAUUAUAACAUCAGUUGGAUCUCCGAUGUGAUUCUUUAUUUAUUUUCUUUUAAUUUAUGAACAAUAACAAAAUGCACAUUAAUGGUUGUGUUCCUUUGUUACACCUGAUAUGACCCUCAUAGCCAUCAUGUCGAUUGUUUUUGAUGAUUUCUAAGUCUGUUUGUCUUUCAUUUCUCAUGUUAAAAUUAUCUCUUUUCACAGCCCACAAUUUGAAGGAAGGCAGCAAAGAAUGGAUUCCGAAGCAGAGUCUUCAGAUGUUAAAGCAAGUGGUGGUGGUGGGGAAAGUAAUGGAGAAUCUUCAGCGAAAAGACCAAGGGUGGAUAUGUCAUCAUUGCCGACCCGCCAGUACCUUGACCAAACAGUGGUGCCUAUCCUUUUACAAGCGGUCACGCAGCUCAACAAAGAAAGCUUUCGCAGGCUUCACACAUUCGCGAAUUCCCGACCGCCAAAUUCCCAGCCGCCAAAUCAUAUUCAAGUUUCCCGCCACCUGCGAGUCCCUACUACUCUGGCAGCCAGCCCUCCCACCACUCAGUGUGAUUGAGUGCGACUGGAGUGGUAGAGGCAGUGGUUGAGGCAGCUGUUGAGGCAGCUGUUGAGGCAGCGAUUGUGGCAGUGGGUGAGGCAGCGAUUGAGGCAGCUGUUGAGGCAGUGAUUGUGGCAGUGGUUGAGGCAGCUAUUGAGGCAGUGGGUGAGGCAGCUGUUGAGGCAGCUGUUGAGGCAGUGCAUGAGGCAGUGCAUGAGGCAGCUGUUGAGGCAGCGAUUGAGGCAGCUGUUGAGGCAGCGAUUGAGGCAGCAAUUGAGGCAGCUGUUGAGGCAGCGACUGAGGCAGUGGUCACUGAGGCAGCUGUUGAGGCAGCGAUUGAGGCAGUGGGUCUGAGGCAGCUGUUGAGGCAGCUGUUGAGGCAGCGAUUGAGGCAACUGUUGAAGCAGCGACUGAGGCAGUGGGUGAGGCAGCUGGUGAGGAAGCGAUUGAGGCAGUGGUAUUUAAUAACAUACAUGUUAUUAAUAAUAAUAAUACAUGUUAUUAAUAUGUACUAUUAUUAUUUAUAACAUAUAUGUUAUUAAAUACCACUGCCUCAACCGCUGAAUUAUUGUGAAAUGUUUGGAAGAGCAGGGAGAUUAAUGUUCACUCCAGCAUAAACAAAGCCACACUGACGAUGUGUCAACCACUCCCUCGUAUUUUUGUACAAUUUCCUUCUUCAAUUAUAUUGUAUUAUUAUUAUUAUUAUUAUUAUUAUUAUUAUUAUUACUAUUGUUAUUAUUAGCAGUAGCAGAAAUGUUUGAUUCUUUGCUGUGUUCAAGACUAAACACAUGAUGUCACCGUCCAAUACCUGUCCGAAUAGCCAUUCCAAUAUGCAGUCAUGAAUGGGUUUACAUUAUUUAUACUGUAGUUUAAUAGCAAAUAAUGAACAAACAAAACACUCACCACACUGAGUGGUGGGAGGGCUGGCUGCCAGUUGCGGGGGUCGGAGGGAGGGUAGUAGGGACUCGCAGUGGUUGGGGAAGUGGUGGAGGCAUUGGUGGAGUCUGUGGUAUUUAAUAACAUACAUGUUAUUAAAGCAUAACAUGUAUAUAUUUAGUACAAUUUACGACGUUUUCAUGUAUUUUAUGAUUGUUCAUGGUUCAACAAGUUAAGGAAGCAGUAUUGUAUUAUAUUUCCCUACAAUAUAUUGGGGCACCAAACAUUCACGGUUUUUCACCAUUCGCAAGGCUCUUGAUCCCCUAACCCUCGCGAAUGUUGAGGGAGACCUGUAUAUUAAACCCAUGUCACCAAUGAGGUUUUUUUUUUCCUCCCUUUUAUGAGUAAUGAUGUAGAACAGUAAAACACCAUAUAUGGAGAGAGGGAUCUGGUAGAGGUUUUGAGUGCUAAGAGGCUUUGACAUCCAAUGAGUAGAGGCAAGUGGUUUUUAUGACUUGACAUGCUGUUGGAAUGUGAAAAAGGUAACAAUCAUGAAGGGAUUCAUGGAAGCCAGUUAGACAGACUUAGAGUUCUGGAAGUGGAAAGUACAGUUCCUGCACUCUAAAGGAGGGGUGGAGAUGUUGCAGUAUCUAGUGCUAUCCAAACUGUGAUGUCAACAUGCUUUUGGCAAGGCAUCUAUUGAAUGAAUGAAUGUGUUUUCCCUUUUUCAGGUCAGUAUAGUACUUUUGAAACUGUACAAUGGUACGGCAACAGUAUGUGAAAAAAAAAGUUGUCACAUUCUGUAUAUUGAACAGCAAUGGGAAAUGGGUUAGUGAUAAAAAAAAAAUCACUUAACAAUAACAAUGAAGAACCAGUAGCACACUACAUUUUGUUCUUUUCACUAGUCAUCUUUCAUA